UGGGAGGGGAGCAGGCCAAGGAGCUAUAUAACCCUUCAGCACUCAGCUUCCCAAAACGCCACCCACCCAGAGGGGAAAAGCCCAGCCAAGCACCAUCAGGAAACCCGGUAAGCAGCUCCAGCCAUGUGUGAAGAAGAGGACAGCACUGCCCUGGUGUGUGACAACGGCUCUGGGCUUUGUAAGGCUGGCUUUGCUGGGGAUGAUGCUCCCAGGGCUGUUUUCCCAUCCAUUGUGGGACGUCCCAGACAUCAGGGGGUGAUGGUAGGAAUGGGACAAAAAGACAGUUACGUGGGUGAUGAAGCUCAGAGCAAAAGAGGAAUCCUGACCUUGAAGUACCCGAUAGAGCACGGUAUCAUCACCAACUGGGACGACAUGGAGAAGAUCUGGCACCAUUCCUUCUACAAUGAGCUCCGUGUUGCCCCUGAAGAGCAUCCAACUCUGCUCACCGAGGCACCCCUGAACCCCAAGGCCAACCGGGAGAAAAUGACCCAGAUCAUGUUUGAGACCUUCAACGUCCCAGCCAUGUAUGUGGCUAUUCAGGCAGUGCUGUCCCUCUAUGCUUCUGGACGUACAACUGGCAUUGUGCUGGACUCUGGAGAUGGUGUGACCCACAACGUGCCCAUCUAUGAAGGCUAUGCCCUGCCCCAUGCUAUCAUGCGUCUGGACCUGGCUGGCCGAGACCUCACUGACUACCUCAUGAAGAUCCUGACUGAGCGUGGCUACUCCUUCGUGACUACUGCUGAGCGUGAGAUUGUCCGGGACAUUAAGGAGAAGCUGUGUUAUGUUGCUCUGGACUUUGAAAACGAGAUGGCCACAGCUGCUUCCUCCUCUUCCCUGGAGAAGAGCUACGAGCUGCCAGAUGGGCAGGUGAUCACCAUUGGGAAUGAGCGCUUCCGCUGCCCAGAGACCCUCUUCCAGCCAUCCUUCAUCGGAAUGGAGUCAGCUGGUAUCCAUGAAACCACCUACAACAGUAUCAUGAAGUGUGAUAUUGAUAUCAGGAAGGACCUCUAUGCUAACAAUGUACUCUCAGGGGGUACCACCAUGUACCCAGGCAUUGCUGACCGGAUGCAGAAGGAGAUCACAGCCCUGGCGCCCAGCACCAUGAAGAUAAAGAUCAUUGCCCCUCCGGAGCGCAAGUACUCAGUGUGGAUUGGAGGUUCCAUUCUGGCCUCUCUGUCCACCUUCCAGCAAAUGUGGAUCAGCAAGCAGGAGUACGAUGAGGCUGGACCCUCCAUUGUCCACCGCAAAUGCUUCUAAGACACCUCCUUGCUCUCUGUCUUUAGCACACAACUGUGAAUGUUUUUGUGCCUUCAGUCCUUCUCCAAUCCAUUCCUAGCCAAAGCUCAGCCUCAUUACCUAUGUAUUUUUUAAUAAAUCUGAAAUAUGCUACUCCUAA